AUGAUUGCUAUAGAAUCCGAGCAGGCUGUGCCUAAAGACGACCGAAUACCGAAUAUCGAAGCUACGACCUCGCAGAAAACACUAACAAGGUCGAGCGCUGUUAGUCAGAAAUCUGUCGAUAUAAUGGUCCAUCCAGAUAAUUCCAACAACCCCUUACAUAGAUCCAAAUUGGCUCCGACUCGGUCCGCUUCUGAGACGCAGUCAUCGAGUAAGAAGGUAAUAAAUUUGAGGAAGACCAAAAACUCCUCGAUAGAAUCCACAAUGAGCUUACCAAAUCAGAAGUCUUUAGAAAAGAAACAUGGAAGUUUAAGGCAUCAGAAAGCCAUUGGCGCACAUUCGGACAUAACUUUGACCACCCAACCGUCGAUAACGGACGAUAGAAAGGCACUUAGGGAAGCAUUAUAUCAGGGUAUAUUUCAUAGGCACAGAAGAACAAUUUUCGCCGUUGGCUCAUUUCUGAGGAUGCUCAGAAGCAAAACUUCGAAUUACGAUUCGAUAAGGUCGGACUCAGACGAAAUAUAG